CAGCCAAUCGGAGAUCUCUUCUGGGAGAUUGACUCUGUGUUAGGAGGCCGAGCCAAAGGCAGGUAACUAAAAAAAAAAAAAGAAAGAAAGAAAGAAAGAAAAAAAAGGUUAGAGAGAAAAGGCUGGAGGGCUUGUUAUGGGGUUAGCGUGAGAGAAACGAGCAAUUUUGUCCACCCUUCUUUACCAGUCAAACCAGUAACUCUGGAUAGAGCACACUCGAGCAGUUUUUACCCUUGUGGUCCCUGAUGGCUUCGCACAGUGAUACUCUGGUGGUGUUCUUUGGGGCAACAGCUGGUGCAAAUGGGGGUAAACUGGGGUCGGAUGAGAGGGAAAUAAUUCUGUUGGUGUGGCAAAUUGUGGAUCUACAUGAGAAAAAGGUGGGGAAACUUCAGCAGCGCCUGAUUAAACCAGACACUUUGGAAUUAACAGAUCAGUGUGAAGAGGAGACAGGAUUGAGUGUGGACGAACUUUGUAAAGCAGAGCCUCUGGACACGGUUCUUCAACAGUUCCAGCAGACCGUGUCUGCAGAACUUAAAACUCUGGGCAGAAGCUCCUACACGCUGUGUGUGGACGGACCCCUCCUCGUCCGACAGGCCCUUCACCCUGAGGCUUCCAAGAAGAAUUUGGUCCUGCCAGAGUGUUUUUACUCAUUUGUGGAUUUAAAAAGAGAGUUUCACAAAUGCUGUCCCAACGCCGGUCCAGUGAAGGACCUCACCCUUCCAUCAAUGCUCGAAUAUGUAUGUCUCCCAGCAGUAAGCGAGCAGAGGGCUGGAGUGAGGGAGGUGAAGAGCAUGACCAUGAUCAUCCAGCACAUCCUGGCUGAGCCAUACAGUCACAAAUUUUCCUCAUUUGAGACCGUGAAGUACAAGUUUGAAUCUGGAGCCUGCAGCAAGACCGAAGCCGUGGACAGUGAGACAGUGAUCAGAGCCAGGGGGUUGCCAUGGCAAUCUUCAGACCAGGACAUUGCUCGCUUCUUCAAGGGCCUCAAUAUUGCCAAAGGUGGCGUUGCACUGUGUUUGAAUGCUCAGGGUCGCAGAAAUGGAGAGGCUCUGGUGCGCUUUGUAAACUCCGAACACAGAGACAUGGCAAUUGAACGACACAAACACCACAUGGGCAGCAGAUACAUCGAGGUGUAUAAAGCAACUGGAGAGGAGUUCCUAAAGAUUGCUGGAGGCACAUCUAACGAGGUGGCACAGUUCCUCUCGAAGGAGAAUCAGGUGAUCAUCCGCAUGCGGGGUCUGCCCUUCACCGCCACACAUCAGGACGUGCUGGGCUUCCUGGGCCCCGAGAGCCCCGCGACAGAUGGCACAGAGGGGCUCCUCUUUGUUAAAUAUCCUGACGGAAGGCCCACGGGUGAUGCCUUUGUGCUGUUUGCCUGUGAAGAAUACGCCCAGAACGCUCUGAAAAAGCAUAAACAGAUUCUGGGGAAGAGGUACAUCGAGCUGUUCCGCAGCACAGCAGCCGAGGUCCAGCAGGUGCUGAACCGCUACAUGUCCACUCCUCUGAUCUCCACACUUCCUCCUCCUCCUCCCAUGCUUCCUGUUUCUGUGCUGGCUACUCAACCCUUCAUCACCACCGGCAGCAGCAGAGACUGUGUGCGGCUGCGUGGUUUGCCAUACACUGCCGCCAUCGAGGACAUCCUGGAGUUUAUGGGAGAGCACACCGUAGACAUUAAACCCCACGGUGUUCAUAUGGUGCUCAAUCAGCAGGGUCGUCCGUCCGGCGACGCUUUCAUCCAGAUGAAAUCGGCAGAACGAGCCUUUAUGGUAGCACAGAAGUGCCAUAAGAAGAUGAUGAAGGAUCGUUAUGUGGAGGUGUUCCAGUGCUCCACGGAAGAGAUGAGCUUUGUGCUGAUGGGAGGGACGCUGAACCGUAGCGGCUUGUCUCCUCCGCCGUGCAAACUGCCCUGCCUUUCACCACCGACCUACGCUGCAUUUCCAACUCCAGCUGCUAUGCUUUCCACCGAGGCAGCCAUGUAUCAGCCCCCCCUGCUGGCCACUCCAAGAACUCCACAGCCACCGCCACACAGCCCUGCCCCAACCCUUGCUUACUAUUCCCCUCAGCCACAGCUGUAUAUGAACAUGAACAUGAACUACACCACUUAUUACCCCAGUCCUCCAGUGUCCCCGUCCACAUUGAGUUAUUUUGCAGCUCCUCCAGGCUCACUAGCAGCACAGCAUUCUCCUGCUAUUCUGCCUCAGCAUGGCGCUCUGGUGCGCAUGCAGGGACUGCCUUAUAACGCCGGGGUUAAAGACAUCCUCAGCUUCUUCCAGGGUUACCAGUACGCUCCUGAGGAUUACAGCAGUUUGAUGGGAAUGAGCGAUCAGGCCCGUGCUCUGGUCCAGCCCAAAGAGUGGCUCUGCCUGUAGGGGGCGCUCCUCCAGCUCCAGGCGGACUCUGUGCUCGUCUUGUAUAACCUGAGUGGCCAGCGGAGCGGGGAGGCGCUCGUCACCUUCCCCAGUGAGGAGUCGGCGAGGCGUGCUGUGGCCGAGCGCUCCAACCUUCCCCUCUCUGGCCACCGUGUCCGCCUGAUCUGCUGCGAAUGAGCUAAACACUCACCACUUGAAGCCAACUCCAGGAACGAGCGAGGUCUGCACUUCACCUGGAUUCUCUCUCUCUCUCUCUCUCUCUCUCUCCCCCUCCUGAUGCUGAUCUUACCCAGGCGCCCAUGGAGCAGUCUUUCCUCAGUUUGUAACGUGCUACUGCUGGUGGAGGUGCUAGCAUGGUGGAAAUACAUGAACUCCUAUGUAUAUAUGUAUUUAUACAUGAAAUGCAACAUAUAGUUAAAAUUCCUUGUGUAUUCCAGUGUGGAUAUGGAAGACUUGAUGAUGUAUAUUCAGUUUUGUGUUCUUUAUGCAGACUAGCCUAAACAUUAAGGCCAAAAUCACUUCAGCUCUUCCUGCGGGAGAAAUCCCACAAUGAGGAUUCACUGUUUUUUUUUUUUUACUCGAAGGCAGUGCAAUAUACAAAGGCUAAGCCAUUACAGCCUGCAAAAAAGGAAUGAAAACUACUACUGAGGCCUGUUUAAUGCCACUACUGAAUGUCCAAGUUUCUAAAACACCAAUCUAUGCAUCAACCUGGUGCCUGUAGACAACCUGCUGCACGCAAGAUUUUUUUCGUCAUCGUAGAUCAUGUUAAUUAUCGCGUAACAAGCGAGACUGGGCGUGGCCCUUUAUCUACACAAACUUAUUCUUAGUUAAAUCGAAUCCAGAACAGAGCCGUUUUAUUUAAUGCAAGAAACAAGCCGUCGUGGCUUUUGUCUGAUCUGCAUGCUUUCUUUUGCAGCGUUUAUUACUGAGAGAUGAUUUUCUUUCCUAAUCUAUCUAAUGUGACUCGAGAGGCCUUUGGUCAUCACGGUGCCUUUACUCUUCUCCUUUUUGUGCCAUUACUACAUGAGCCAGAGUUCAAUACCAACUGUAAAAAGCUCAACGAGCUUCUCUGGCACCCGAGUAGGCAUUUAAGAUUUGUUUGUUUUUGUUUGUUUUGUUUGUUUUUUUUUUUUUAAACAAAGUUGUAUGAAAACUAAAGAUAAGAUUUAUAAAAGUUAUGUAAACAAUAAAAUAUUAUUCUGAAAUAUCUC